AUGCGCUUUGCCAAGAAGCACAAGAAGGGCCUGAAGAAGAUGCAGGCCAACAAAGCCAAGGCCAUGAGCGCACGUGCCAAGGUCAAGCCCAAGAUCUCAAAGGCGGGCAGCCACAAGCUCAUUCGACUUGUCUACAUGGCUCACCCCAAGCUUAGGACACGUGCUCAUGUCUGCAUCACCAAGGGUCUGAGGCUCUGCUGGCCAAAAUCCAAGGCCAAGGCUCAAACUAAGCCCCAGGCUCUGGCUGCAGCUGCGGCUCAGGCUCCCAAAGGUGCCCAGGCCCCCAUGAAUGCUCCAGAGUAG